CUAAAAGACUCCUAGGGUAGGAAGAACAAUGGUUACCUGUCUAGGGAUUUUCUAAGGAGUUAAGUAGUGAAAAAAAAAAUUGUCAUGGAGUCUUCAAACCUUUAUCAUUAUCAACAGCUCCAGCAAACUAUUGUAGGAUGUACUUCAGCUACUCAAUCUUCAUCUGGACUAUCCAUCUUCCAUUUGGAGGCCGAGUAUUAUGUUUAAUAUAGAGGAAUAUAACAGGUACAUCGACGAAAUCAUCCCGAAAUCAAUGGAGUUGUCACCCAAGAAUGCUAAUCAAGUCGGAAACAUGGAGGAGGAGGAGGAGGAGAUUUCAGAUAGUUUUCCCAAACUGAGUGAAAUGUAUUACUACCUCUCUAACACAAGUUACAACCAACAUGAUCAGAAGCUUUGUCUCAGUUCCUUCCCCACCAGUGGCCAAACUAGCAGAUCAGAGCAGCUUGCAGCUAUAGAGUUGUUGUACCCGAAUACUCAAACUUAUGAUAGGUUUCAAUGUGCAGCCCCAGCUUCAUAUUAUAAUUUAAACCAUGUUCCAAGAACAAGUAUUCCCAACUUGCAAUUAUCUUCACUGGUUUCAAAUUCUUUUGGCUUGAACUUAUCUACGGGUCUUAUAAGCAAUACAAAUCGCGGUGGAGGUUGUGACGAGUCUUUGGAAGAAAGCAUCUUUUUAAGCAAUGAUCACAUGCAAGAUCAAUCAAGCAUCCCGAAGCAAACAUCAUCAGCCUCUGGGAAUGAAGCUACCAGAACAAAGAGGCUUAAUAAUAUCCAGAAGGAGCAGCCAUUUCCUGAUCAAGCAGCUAAGAAGUGUCGAUUCUUAUCAAAGUCUUCAUGUCCAGCACUCAAGGUUCGAAAAGAGAAAUUAGGGGACAGGAUUGCAGCUCUUCACAAGCUGGUCGCACCUUUUGGCAAGACUGAUACAGCUUCAGUAUUAACAGAAGCUAUUGGGUACAUCAAGUUCCUCCAAGAUCAAAUUCAGGCAAUAUCUCCCUAUCCCAGCUUCUUUUUAAUUUAUCUUUGUUUUUGCAAUAAGUAAGAUUGAUUUCUAUUAACCGAAAGUAACUAUGCAUUAAAAAAAUUUAACGAUAAAAUAUCGUUCUAAUCUUGACGUGCUUGUUCUUAGUGGAAACUCAUAUUUCGCUCAUCAUUCAUGCAGACAUUGAGUGUGCCUUGUAUGGAAUCAUCCGGAAGCAAGCCUCGUAGAUUAACUAUGCAACGGAAUUCAAGAAUGGAUGAGAGAAAGCAGGAAGAGCAGCAGAUGAAUGGUCUCAGAAGUAGAGGGCUGUGCCUUGUACCCUUAUCUCUUCACACAUCUCUACCUACAAUGGAGGGAUAUCUAUCUGACCACUGUUAAAUAAAUUCCCAUAGAGGCACUUGAAUAAGGGAAAUGAUGCUGAAAAUGGAGGGAAUACUGAACAUUAUUAAUGGAAUUCUUGGAGAACAAGGGCACAUACAGCUAACGAAUUUCUGUUUCCAGGUUAUGGAGUUUUCUCUCUCACUUACUCACCAAGUAUAAGCUGUAAGAAUGAAUAUUUGUGAAAAAUGUCACAGUUUAGUCAUUUCGUAAAAAAAUUUCGCUCAAAUAGGUUGUAUUAUUUCGUUUUCAAGAGGAGUAACAGAUGCGAUUACGAGUCUCAUGAUCUCACCAGUGAAACAUUAUCGGAGUGGCUUUUGGAUGCUCUCCUUUUCUCCCAACCCUUUUUUUUAAAAUAGCUAAAAAAAAAAAGAAAGGUUGUGUUAUUCGCCUGGUGGUGUUUUUUCCUUUUCUGUUUCCCCCUUAGUGGCCAUGAAG